AUGGUUGUCUUUGACGGACACGAGUACCUUACUGAAGAGGAGAAGCGCCUCAGACAGGACAGGAAGCGCGAGAAGUACUGGAAGAAAUGGGGUCCCUACGUCGCUGAGCGCCAAUGGGCUACCGUGCGAGAGGACUACAGCCCCGACGGGGACGCGUGGAGUCACUUUACCCAUGACGACGCGCGAUCCCGAGCCUACAGAUGGGGUGAGGAUGGAAUUGCGGGCGUUUCCGACACCCACGGCUUCCAGAACCUAGGCUUUGCUUUCUGGAACGAGCAAGAUGAUUUCCUCAAGGAGAGACUGUUUGGUCUCUCGAACCCGCAGGGCAACCAUGGCGAGAGUAUCAAGGAAGCCCACUUCCACGUCGACAACACACCUCACUCUUACAUGAAGUUCCUGUACAAAUACCCGCAGAAGAAGUUCCCCUAUAAGGACCUCCUGGACGAGAACGCGAGGAGAGGCAAGGAGGACAAGGAGUACCAGAUUGUCGACACAGGCGUCUUUGAAGAAGACCGGUACUGGGACAUCUUCAUUGAGACAGCAAAGGAGACGGACGACCCCGAAGAGAUUCUCUUCCGUGUCACCGCGUGGAACAGAGGCCCCGACCCGGCACCGCUCCACAUCGUGCCGCACAUGUGGUUUCGCAACACGUGGGCUUGGGGCCGCGAGCCCGAAGACAAGAAGCCGUCCAUCGAGCACCUUUCCGAGGGGCUGGCCAAGUCUAAGCACCACUCGCUGGGAGAACGCUACUUCUUGAUGUCGCCCUCUCCUGGCGUAGGCACUAGCGGGGAGGACGUUCUCCCCAAGAUGAUGUUCACUGACAACGACACCAACUACGAGCUGUUGUACGGACAGAAGAACAAGACCCCCUACGUCAAGGAUGCCUUCCACCGGUAUAUCUGCGAGGGCGAAAAGGAGGCCAUCAACCCCGAGGAAAAGGGCACCAAGUGCGCCGCCUGGUUCAGCUUCAACGAGGACGGCGGUGUCCCUCCUGGCGAAUGCGCCGUCGUCCGUUUCCGCUUUUCCAAGAAGAACCAGACCUACUUCGACGAAGGCGACUUCGAUGACCUGAUUGAUCUCAGAAUCGCCGAGGCCGACGACUUCUACUACCGUCUCAGCCCCCUCCCCAUGGCCGAUGACCUCCGCAACAUCCAGCGCCAGGCCUUCUCCGGCAUGAUGUGGACGAAGCAGCACUACCUCUUUAUUUGGGACCAGUGGGCGAAUGGUGACCCGACGCAGCCCCCUCCACCCCCGAGCCGCAAGGAUAUUCGCAAUUCUCAGUGGAAGCAUAUGCACUGCGACGACAUCUUGUCGAUGCCCGACUCCUGGGAGUACCCCUUCUUCGCCGCCUGGGAUAGCGCGUUCCACUGCAUCACAUUGGCCAUGAUGGACCCGGACUUCGCGAAGAAGCAGCUCGACCUUUUCACGAGAGAGUGGUACUGCCACCCCAACGGUCAAUUGCCGGCAUACGAAUGGAACUUUGGCGACGUGAACCCCCCUGUUCACGCUUGGGCCACGUUUCGUGUGUUCAAGAUUGAGCGCAAGCUUUACGGACGCCAGGAUCUGGAUUUCCUCGAGAGGGUGUUCCAGAAGCUGUUGUUGAACUUCACCUGGUGGGUCAACCGCAAAGACGCCGAGGGCAAGAACGUCUUCGAGGGAGGCUUCCUCGGUCUCGACAACAUUGGUCUCUUCAACCGCUCCGAGCCUCUCCCCACCGGCGGCUCUCUGGAGCAGGCUGACAGCACUGGCUGGAUGGCCUUCUACUGCCUCAGCAUGCUCAACAUUGCGCUUGAGCUGGCGAAGCACCGACGGACAUACGAGGAUAUCGCGUCCAAGUUCUUCGAGCACUUCAUCUUCAUCAGCGACGCCAUGACUUUCAGGACCGGCCAGAAGGACGAGAAGUCUCUGUGGAACGACGAGGAUGGCUUCUACUACGACGCCAUCUCGUGGGGGGGUCCCUGGAUCCAGCAGCUUCCGGUCCGGUCCCUCGUCGGCCUGAUACCACUCUACGCGACCCUGACCCUUGAGCCUGAGCUGAUUAACAAACUGCCUUCGUUCAAGAAGCGGGUAGACUGGUUCAUUGAGAACCGCUGCGACCUGGCCGAGAGAAACAUGGCCAGCAUCGCCAAGCGCGGUAAGGGCAACAGAAUCCUGUUGUCCAUCGUCAGCAAAGACAGGCUCGAGAAGAUUCUCUACCGCAUGCUCGACGAGAAGGAGUUCUUCAGUGAGCAUGGUAUCCGAUCAUUGUCAAAGUACCACAAAGAGCACCCGUUCUCGAUGGAAGUCAACGGGCAGACGUUCUCCGUCGGCUACGUCCCCGGUGACUCCGACAGCGGCCUCUUUGGCGGCAACAGCAACUGGAGAGGCCCCAUUUGGUUGUGCGUCAACUUCCUCCUGGUCGAGUCUCUCCAGAGGUUUUUCCUGUUUUACGGACACGAGUUCCAGGUUGAAUGUCCCACUGGGAGCGGUGAUUACAUGCAUCUGGGUCACGUUUCCGAGGAGAUCCAGCACCGGCUGCAGCAUCUGAUGACCCGCAACGACGAGGGCCGCCGCAGCAUCAACGCCGGUAACGACCUGCUCGACUUCGACCCCCACUGGAAGGACUACCUCUGGUUCUACGAGUUUUUCGAUGGCGACAGCGGUCGCGGGCUUGGAGCCACGCACCAGUGUGGUUGGACUGGCUUGAUGGCCCGAAUGAUCCACGACACCGGUAUCAACUGCCGUCUGCCUCAUACUCCCCGAACUCCCUCGGCUGGAAUGUCGCACUACUUUGAUGACAUAUUCGCUCGCGGCACUCGCGGCUCCAUGACGCCGGGCCCCGGUGGCAAGCCUCGAAUGCGGAGGUCGUCCACAGCAAGGUCCAUUGGCGCGAGGAGCGAUUUUGAUGAAACCAACGGCGAUGACUCGCUGAGCAACUCGACCAUGCUGGACGACCCUGAGAAGCUCCGCCAGAAGAUGAGGGAGCAGUCGGAGGCAGACGCACAUAUGCACCAAUACAUCUCGGACCAGCUCGAGCGGUUCAAGGAAGACAAGGAGCAUGUGAAUGGAAAAGACAACGAGUAUGAGGCUGGCGCCUAG